AUCUUCCACUUUCUUCAGACUAUGGACCUGCCUAUAUUUUUCUCUCUUCAAGCCCAAAAGCACUUUGUCAAGCAAUCACUUCAAUUCUUCUUGAAAGGAGACAGCAUGUUCAAGUGUUGUCACUCUGCUCCUCCUCUCAAAGUCAUCUUUAAUCCUGACCUUCGACUUCACAUCCUUACUGAAGCACACAAAAGGCUUGGUCACAGAGGAGUUAAUGGUGUAUUCUCUACAGUCAGAGAGCACUUUUACUGGCUCCAUAUGUUACAGGAUGUCAAGCAUCAUGUGUGCACCUGCCAUGAAUGCCAGAUUUGA